AUGGAGAUAACAAGUGGUCCUUUUUUCACAACUUCAACUGGGCUAAUAGACAGUAUCGAUAAAAAGUUGAUGGUGGUUUUGAGAGAUGGCCGUAAAUUAAUCGGCACAUUACGGUCGUUCGAUCAGUUUGCUAAUUUAGUUUUGCAAGACACUAUCGAAAGAAUUUACGUGGGUAACUGUUACGGUGAUAUUCCACGAGGCAUAUUCUUGAUAAGAGGAGAAAAUGUUGUCCUGCUAGGGGAAAUUGAUUCGGAUAAGGAAGAGCAGAUGAAUUUAAAGAUGAAUUUAAGGCAGGUGCCAGUGGAAGAUAUCCUAGUCGCACAGCGUGAAGAGCUCGAAGCAAAGGAAAGGAUUGAUAAGAUCAAAAGUAAAGUGUUGCACAAUCAAGGCUUCUGCGUCGAUAAUUUUCAAAACGACCUGUAUUAA